UUUGAAAACGUUUCUGAAAAUUCUGGCAACUGUGUGUGUGUGGCUAAUUGGUGGAGAGUGGUGAAAAUCAAACAAAACGCCGAUAUAUCGGGAGCCGCCGCCGCCUUAAGAAUAAGCCGCCGCCGCCGAGAGCCGAAGCUUCCAUAGGCUUUAUCAAAGUUGUUAAUACCAAGUCUGCGGCUCUUGGCACUCUCUGUGUGUGUGUGUGUGUGUCUAUCGAGUAUAGCGCGGCCCCUGGACCGACGGCGAAAAAGGCAGGGGAAAGGGAGAGGGUCACUUGAUGAGAUAAGUCGAAGCGGUGUGUGCAAGGAGGGGGACGGUCCUGGGUCAAUCAUGACAGACUCACAUUACAGCUCAACGGGACCACACUCUGCUGCUACUGCUGCUGCUGCUGUCGCCGCUGUUGCUGCCGCCACCACCACCACCACGAACAGUACUGGAGCGUCCCAUUCCGCGUCAUCAUCCUCCAACUCAUCCAUGCUAUCCAGGUCAUCUCAUGGGGCACCUAAUUCAUCUACACGAUCAAAAUCACAUUCCACACCACGCGUAUUACCUUUUCCUGAUAUUCCAGCGACACCAAAAUCACCUAUCGGAUCCACGAGUCCAUCUCCAGCGCCUACCCGGUCGAGCUCGUCCCUUGGACAUAGAGCAUCAGCAGAUGGCGGCAAUGAAGGGAGCAGUAGCAGCAGUAGUGGUGGGGGACUUGCAGGCGCGGUCGCCCCUUCCAUGACUGUCACUCGAUCAGCCGACUCGACAGAUGCCAUGUCCUCAUCCGCUGGCGGUGACCGUGCCAGGAGACAUACGGCCACCGCCACUCCGCCUAUCUCUAGCCCGUUGUCAGUGACGUCGCCAUUGUUGACAAGCACCACCACAGCGCCUGCUGUACCCUCAAUCUUGCGUAACAGAGCUUUGACCUCGCCUUCUCCUCGACCUAUCACAGUGCCCGUCACGACUACCCAGUCAAGCCGGGUCGAUGUCUUUUCCGAGGCAGGCUCCCUUCCAGAUUCAGCAGGUCCUUCCACAUUUCGAGCCGCGUCUUCCUAUCCUUCCACAACGUUUGCUCCUGUACUUGAAGUUCGAUCGACAUCCCUACCGAACGAUGCCAUCCCGGCUUCCGAUGCGACAUCUUUGAGCCCACCUCGAUCAGUUCAGAUUGUACCUCCUCCAUCACAAAAAAUCGUUUCAGAUCAUGUCUACGCUUCGUUCUUGUCUGGGAAGUGUGCAGAUCUGAGGAUAUGGGUCAGGAAGUGGGGUGUAGGAUGGCGCGUGCACAAGAUGGUUCUGAUUCAAGCUGGCUUCUUUCACUCGCUCUUCCUCGGUGGAUUCUCGGAGAUGCACGUCCAUCACAGAUCUGACAAGGGCAAGGACAAGGCUCUGUGCGAGGAUGAUUGGCACGGAGAGAAUUUAGAGUUGACAUUUGACGAUCCCAACAUCACUCGAGCUGCAUUCGAGAUUACGCUCUCGCGAUUAUACUCUCCCUUCCCACAUCUCCACUUUCCCAACAGUCUAGUUUCGACCUCUCCACACCCACUGUCUUCCGCUUUUGUCAGUGGUGCCCACCCUGAUAUGGAUUUUGCGUCCAUGUACCACUCUACACCUAAAGAUGUUCAGCUAGUCACACCUCGGCUCUUGUUGUCCAUCUUGUCAACGGCGAUCUAUCUCGGUCAUACAUCCCUCAUGCGUGAAGUCCUUGGCAUCGUGCUACGGACCGUCAGCCCCAUGACUAUCACUCGGUAUCUCGCAUUUGCGCUUGGGGAUGGUAUUGGGCCGGAAGAAUGGGCAGAUCAAGAUGUUGCGUCAGCCAAGGGAUUGGAAGAUGUCGGGCAAAAAGUCGUAAUUGUUCGACCAUCAGAAGCCGAUGAUCAGGCGAGCUUUGUCAAUUCUGAUGAAGAGGGCAAGGUGGGAGACACAACCAGGUCAUCUUCACAUCCAGCUUCACCGUCUAGUAGCUCUACGCCGACGGUCAAGACGGUUCAGCGAAUGGGAUCACUCAGUCGAGCCACUGAUACGUCAACUAUCUCUGACGCGGAUUUCCCCAUGCCGCAAUAUUAUGGCUUUCCCUCUGACAAGAUCGGUGAAGCAUGUGCGUGCUGGAUAGCCAAGUGGGGAGUCGAUGUCCUUGACAUUGAAUCGACUUUGCCCGCAUCUAGUCCAGUACGGAUCUGGCGACAUCGUGGUCUACCUGCCAACUUCCUUCGUGCCGCCUUGAGCUCGGACUCUUUUCACGUCAAGGACGAGUACGAGCGUUACCGGGUCGCAAGGAGGGUAUUGGACCUUCGACGUAUGGGCUGGGAGGAGGAGAUGGAUACGACCGGAGAUUUGUCCUUGAACUCGACGAGUCCAGAAGAAUGUGAGGAAUGGAACGAGGACGAGAGUCACCUGGAGGCAGUAUUUGCAGACGGGAUCUAUUACACUCAUAUGAACUUUGACGGCCUUUCUCAUAUCGCACAAGAUGUCGACCCUUCUACGGGCAUGCCAUUUGCUCCUCUAUCGGUCUUGCAGUCCGCUCACUGGUCGGCAGCAGACCUCAGAGCUCGAGUCCGCGCUGUGUCAGCGUCAAACGAACUCGAUAUCGGCUCUCUGGGCUUGACGCAGACGACGUCACAACUUGUCCAAGCCUUUGCUCCGAAAAGAAGAUUCACACCUCGAAGUCGGCUGUCUAGCAGUUCUACCGAUUUGUCCAUCACAUCCAAUGUGACAGCGGCGUCCGGGUCGCGCCUGUAUCAUCCUGUACCUGUGGACGACACCCAUCGAAUCGGCGCUAGUGGAUUGAUCUUCUCCCUUGCACCCCAAACUGCCCUCUCUGGUAUGCCUGGCCUUCCGGAUCUAGGACCCGAUAGCGAAACGGUUCUGGCGGAUGGCUCCGUUCAGCGCCGACCGCCUCCUCAAGGCGAACACACUUCCUUCGGUUUGCAAAAUGGAUCCAGGACUCUGACUCACCUUCAGUCGCAGCAUUCGCUCAAUCUCGCCGCGCUAUCUCUUGGAUCCGGAAACAAGCGUCCUGAACAGAGUUGGACGACCAGUGAACCUUUUCGCUUUAGCGCCGAGUUCUGGGGAAUCGAUAAGCUCCCAGAUAAGGAGAGAGCCUAUUCGCAAACUCAUUUCUACGCUGGAUCAUGGUUCAACGUCUACGUCCAACCCAAUAGGAAAAAAGACAAGGGGGUUCAGCUCGGCAUUUACCUGCAACGUCAGAGCACGUCUGAAGCGAUGCCUGCGCCCUCGGCUCCGUCCAUCAGGACCUCGACCCGCGGAAACGCUACAGAGACAAGAGAUCGGACCGAAGGUCACUCUGAUUCCGCUGCCAUGUUGGAGUCCUCCCUUGCAGCUCGCUUUGGAUUGACUGUGGCGCCUCCCCCGACGGCCCCAUCAUCUGCUCGCCCUACACUCUCCAGAUCUACAUCAAUACCUCCAUUGACAGUUGGCAGUCCUGCCCGACAAGGCUUUCCAGGCUUGCCCAGACCUACCGGCGCUUUCCAAGGUCUAACGAAUCCGAAGGAACAGUACGACAGUCCAUAUGAGGAUACUCGGCCCUUAGUCAAGGCCUACUUUUCCAUCUCGUGUUCAUCUGCCCUUGGAACUGGCCUCAUUCGAUUCUCAUCAGCCCCUGAUAGCUUCACGAUGUCUCAAUCGUGGGGUUGGAAGUCAUCUGCAUUAAGAUCAGAAGAGUACAUCUCGACUUCAGGUAUAUCUCCAACACAUGGUGAAAGUCUGGAAGAUGGUGUCCUUGGUUGGGUAGGGAACAUCGAUACGUCUGACUUGCGGGAGGGUGUAGAAGGUGGUUUGCGAGCUACUGUUGUUGUGGGAUUGGUUUGAUCAGGGCAUCUUGUGUGGGGUUGCUUUCGUGUCGAAAUAGAUGUCUUUUACGCACAGACCUCUCUCCCUUUGGUUGUAUUUGGCUAUUUUGUCACUUCUUAUAUAUCUUAAUCAAGAUCGAUGCACCAUCAUCACUCUGACG